CGGACGGAGCAGAAGGCUCAUGCUGCACAGGAACUUGCAAGAUUUCAGUCAACUUAGGAAAAAUCAGGGAAAAGCCCGCCGUGCACGUCCCGCCGGUGACGCGUCAGCACUGCUCGCAGAGAAGGCCAGUGCAGGCGGACGCGGGCAGAGGAUGCCACUCCUGGGCUUCAGUCAGGCUCCUAUGCUCGCCCCUCACCAGCCAUCCUCAGGGCCAAGUGCUGGUCGAAAGGAAAGUCGCUUCAGUCAGAAAAGCCGGCAUCUGGGGAGAAGGGGACCCACGUCCCAGAAGGAGCUUGCAGGAUUCUGCUGGGCCAUGGACGUUUUUAAACGGGAAAGCGGCACAUCAGAGUGGUUUAUUGCAGCAGCUCCUCCAGCAGGAUCCAGCGUACGACUACGACCUCAUCGUCAUCGGUGGGGGCUCUGGGGGCCUCUCGUGCGCUCAGGAAGCCGCAGUCCUGGGGAGGAAGGUCAUGCUGCUGGACUAUGUGGUCCCAUCCCCCCGAGGCACGUCCUGGGGUCUUGGGGGCACGUGUGUGAAUGCUGGCUGUAUCCCAAAGAAGCUGAUGCACCAGGCCGCGCUGCUAGGGCAGGCGCUGACCGACUCCAGGAGGUUCGGCUGGGAAUACAGUCAGCAAGUGAAGCACAGCUGGGCCACCAUGACUGAGGCCGUCCAGAGCCACAUCGGCUCGCUGAGCUGGGGCCACCGGCGGGCUCUGCGGGAGAAGGCAGUGAACUACGUCAACUCUUACGGGGAGUUUGUCGAGCACCACAAAGUCAAGGCAACCAAUGAAAAAGGACAGGAGGCGUUUUAUACCGCUGCAAAGUUUGUCAUCGCGACAGGAGAGAGGCCGCGCUACUUGGGAAUCCAGGGAGACAAAGAGUACUGUAUCACCAGCGACGACCUGUUCUCACUGCCCUACUGCCCGGGCGCGACCCUGGUGGUGGGCGCGUCCUACGUGGCGCUGGAGUGCGCGGGCUUCCUGGCCGGCCUGGGCCUGGAGGUCACGGUGAUGGUGCGCUCGGUGCUCCUGCGGGGCUUCGACCAGGAGAUGGCCGAGAAGGUGGGCGCCUCCAUGCAGCAGCUUGGCGUACGCUUCCUGCGCAAGUUCGUGCCCGUGGAGGUCCAGCAGCUGGAGAAGGGCCUGCCCGGGAGGUUGAAGGUAGUGGCUAAAUCCACGGAAGGGACAGAGACGAUGGAGGGCGUUUACAACACGGUUUUGUUAGCAGUUGGUCGUGACUCCUGCACGAAGAAGUUAGGGCUGGAGAAGAUUGGUGUGAACAUCAGUGAGAAGACGGGCAAGAUCCUGGUAAACGACGAGGAACAGACCAGUGUGCCGUAUGUCUACGCUGUCGGGGACGUCCUGGAGGGCAAGCCUCAGCUCACCCCGGUCGCCGUGCAGGCAGGCAAGCUGCUGGCUCGAAGGCUUUUCGGGGGCCGAUCAGAGAAGUGUGACUACGUCAGCGUCCCCACCGUGGUGUUCACGCCCUUGGAGUACGGCUGCUGUGGGUACUCAGAGGAGAAGGCUAGCGAGGUGUACCAGGCGGAGAACCUGAAUGUCUACCACACUCUGUUCUGGCCUCUCGAGUGGACAGUGGCCUGCAGAGACAGCAACACUUGUUACGCGAAGAUAAUCUGCAAUAAACUGGAGAACGAUCGGGUGGUAGGAUUUCACGUCCUCGGACCGAACGCUGGGGAGAUCACGCAGGGGUUUGCCGCCGCCAUGAAGUGCGGGCUCACGAAGCAGCUGCUGGAUGACACCAUCGGGAUCCACCCCACGUGCGGAGAGGUGUUCACCACCUUGGAGAUCACCAAGGCAUCGGGACUGGACAUCACGCAGAAGGGCUGCUGAGGCUAGGCCCUGCCGCCCCGUCCUGUGCCGCCCCGCGCGGUGAGAUGGCGCGUGUGGCUCAGGACGCCCGCGGGCUGCCCGGGGACAGGAGGCGGGAUGGCACGGGGGGGGGGGGGCCUGCUGCCCGGCUGGGCUGGCGGGAGGGCAGGCCCGCUGCCUCCUUGACGUCUUUGCUCAGAGCCUCCAGGUGAGCCAAGACCGACCUCUGCCCGCCAGCUCCUUCGCAAGGCCUCUCUCGACUGACUCACCCAAGUCAGCGCUCCUGCUUGCUGCGGUUUGACCCCCUCCCUGUUGCUUCCGCGGAAACAGUCUCUGUUAUGAAACUGACUCCCGUGGGCGUGUUCAGCAUGUUGAGCUUCAGAGUAAUAUGAAAACAUUCUCAGUACUGUGUUAUGGGAAAUCUAAUUUAAAGUUAUUUAAAACGG